AUGUACAAUCAUCUUAAAAAUCUCCGUGUCCUUGACUUGACUUGGUGCUUAAGACUUAAAUGGAUUCUAUGUCUUCCUACUACACUUGCAGAAUUGUAUGUAUAUUACUGUAAGUCAUUGGAGAGAGUAACUUUCGAAUCAUGUCGAUUCACAUUGCAAGAGUUCGGCUAUGAAGGCUGUCUUAAUUUGUUAGAAAUUGAAGGCUUUAUUAAACUAGUGCCACUAGUCAAAGUUGAUGAAACUGAUUUGGGACAUUUGAAAUGGCUAAAAGAACAUCAAAAUCGUGAGCUGUGCCUGGUUGGAGAUGAUGAGCUCACCAAAGGCAGAAGUUUGUGUAUCCAGAUAUUGUAUGAAUUCAACAUAAUGAGCGCUUCUCUACCAGACAUAAAUGAUCCUAAUAUGACACCUGAUUAUAUAUCAGAAUCCACAUCAUUGUCAUUUAAUGUGCCUUUGGGACCAAAGGAUAGGAGGCUUAAGGGAUUAAACAUAAUUCUCAAGUAUAAAACAUCAGGUGAGGAUUGGGCAUGGUUCACUAAAAUCACCACUAGCAAUGGUGUUGAUUUGAUGUAUAAUCCCAUAGUCUUUGGCAAACCUGCAUCUGGUGAAGUUGGUAUAUGGUUAAGCUAUUGGCCAAUUGGAAACACAUUGAAAGUUGGAGAUAGAGUUAAUGUUUCUACCACUGUGAUGAAUGGGUUGGAGAUACUCGAGUGUGGUGUAAGCCUUGUGUACACACAUGAUGAUGAUGAGGUAGUAAAUGAGACCAUGGAAAAUGACAUGGAAUGGGUAAAAAUUCUUGGAGGAGAUUAUUCUGGAUUUCAACUAAGAACAGGAGCAUAUUAUCUUUGUCGCCGUGAUUUCUUUGAGUUUAUCGAGGUUGGAAGACUGACUCCUGAUUGGUUUAAGAUUUUAGUUGGUGAUACCGUUGACUGUACAGAGAUACGAGGAUGGAGAAAGACAGGCACACCUCAGCAGUUGAAUCGGUCAUUUAUAGAAUUGAAAACUGUUAAAUGCAUAGUCCGUGCUUCUGAAUCGGAACAAAAUUACAAGAUUGGAGAGAUGUCAAAAUCAUCUCAUGUUGGUAAAACUCUGGGGAUCCCAUCAAUGAUUUCUGCUACUGCAUCAAAGCAUGCGAACACUGAUGUGGACACGUCUAAAGCAUCUAUUGCUGAAACUAGUGAGUUCACAUCAAGCUCACUCAAGGAGACGAUGAAAUCUGCCACUAGAUCUGAAUCUAGUGUCUCAGAAUCAGAGUCGGUGGAGAUCACAUCAAUGAGCCUACACAUGAAGGAGAUGAAAGCUGUCACUGAAUCUGGUGACUCGCCAGCAAAGGUAAGUAGAAAAAAUAUUUGCUGA